GGUGGACACGGCCCCUGAACACUUGCGUCAGUGGCAACUAUACACACUCGUCCACACCACCUGGGUCGGUCAGGACCAGGUGACCAAUAAGAAAAAAGUUCGGGGUGUUAGCCGACUCUCCAAGCAAUCAGGGUACAAAUCAAGGGUUCGUCAUGGCUGGGACGAUAACAAGCCUUCUUCCCGGAGUCCUUACGUUGUUUCUCCUCUUGACGGCGACGCUGGCGAGAGCUAAACUGGAUUUUAAGCUCUUCCAAGAUGGCUUCAUCAUCACCGUUGACGGCACUGAGAUCCUCCACCAGACAGCAGAGGAGCCCGUCGUCUGGAUGGGUUAUGGACACACCAACUUCACCGAGACACAAGGCAACUUCAAGGUCGAGGACGAGGUGUUGGUCAAGGUCGAGGUGACGACUUUUAUCGAGGCCACCAUUUCUGAUUUUGUUUACAUCAUUCUCCGCUCUUACGAGGACACUGAUUUAAGAAUAGGGCUGUACGUGACGGAAGACCUGGGUGAUGACGGUUGCUCUACGGUGAACGUCUUGGUCAACGUCACCCACACCAUCAACACCUACAACCGUAUGUGGGUGAGGUUCUACGCGGACGAGGAGGAGAGGGUGUGGGGAGGAGGAGAGCAGUACACUUACUUCAACCUACGGGGACAUGACUUUCCGAUCUGGACCUCCGAGCAGGGUGUGGGUCGGGACAACGGGACCAUCGCCAGCUUGGCUAACCUGGACGGCGGCGCUGGCGGGGACUACUACACCACCUACUGGCCUCAAGCCUCGUUCCUCUCCUCCAGAAGAUAUUCCCUUCUUAUCCCCGAUCGAAAGUACCUAGUGUUAAACUUCACGGAGGCAACGCGUCACGAGGUGUAUGUCCACGAUCACAAGUUCUCAGCGUCCAUGGUGUGGUGCCCCAGCCUCCUGAAGACGGUGCAGACGGUGACCACCAGACUGGGUGCUCAGCCACAGCUCCCGGACUGGAUCAUGACGGGGGCGGCCCUCGGGGUGCAGCGGGGCACAGAGGAGAUGCUCUUCUACUAUGACCUGGCUGUGGCUGCUGGGGCGAACGUGAGCGCCCUUUGGAUCCAGGACUGGUCGGGCACCACAGAAACCCUCUUCGGUCACCGCGUCUUCUGGGACUGGCGCUGGAACCAAACCUACUACCCGGAUUUGGACGUGGCGAUUCAGAACCUGAUGGAGGAGGGAGUGAGGGUGAUGGCUUACAUCAACCCUCACCUGGUGGAAGAAGGAGACAUGUUCAGAGAAGCGGCCGCCUCGGGGUACCUCAUGACGGACGCUGAGGGGGAGGUAUACAAGCAGGACUUCGGAGGGUUCCUGGCGGGCACAGUCGACCUCUUCAACCCAGAGGCGAACAACUGGUACAGAGACGAGAUAAUAAAGAACAUGGUGGAGUUGGGUCUAGGGGGAUGGAUGGCUGACUUCGGGGAGUACACGGCCCUGGAUAUGUACUCCGCCACAGGAGAACUUUACGACCCAGAGACACGACAUAACCUUCUACCUGAAGAGUGGGCCAGGUGUACCAGGGAGGUGCUGGAGUCGUCGGGUCAGCUGGGUGAGGUGGUGCCCUUCAUGAGGUCAGGAGGGCUAGGGUCUUCAGGCUAUCAGGUCUUGGCGUGGGCCGGUGACCAAAACGUGGACUGGUCUCUGAGUGAUGGUCUGGCUACUACCAUCGUGGCUGCACUCAGCCUGGCAGUGAGCGGUAUGGGCGUAACACACUUCGACAUCGGCGGCUAUACCACCUUGCCCCCCCUCCUGACGCGCAGCAAGGAACUCUUUCUCAGAUCCUGCGAGUAUGCUGCCUUCACCCCCGUCAUGAGGACACACGAAGGCAACAUACCCGAGGCCAACCACCAGUUCUACAGCGACGAGGACACACUCACCCUCUUCGCUCGCCUCUCCCAGAUACACGCCACACUCCUGCCCUACACCCGCUACCUUCUACAGGAGCUCUCUACUACAGGUACGCCAGUCCAGAGGCCACUGUUCCUUGACUUCGAGGAGGACAUCGGUUCCUGGGACAUCGAGUACCAGUACCUCUACGGCCCUGACCUCCUUGUCGCUCCAGUGAUCCACAAAGGCCAAGAGACGCAGACGGUGUACUUACCAGGAGGAGAGAGUGGGUGGGUGUACCUGUGGGAGGAGGAGGAGGAGGUAUUGUUGGGUCCAGCUAACAUCACAGUACCCGUGUCUCUUGGCUACCCGGCCGUGUACUACAGGGAAGACUCCCUCUGGCGGCCACUCUUUCAGGAGAUUGUUCAAGAGUUUGGUCUAGCCAAGAAGGCGAGGUGGGUCUCCAGCUAGUAACUUGGAGACCGAGAGAGGAGUGUUGGAGACCACUAUGUGAGGGUCCUGUAAGCUAGGGGGACCAUGAUGCCGAGACCUAAGCCAGGAGAACGUUACACAGGAGACCACAUCACAGGACCAUCUAACCUAACCAAUGCUCAUAUCCUAUAGACGUGUACAUUGUUUACAUAAAUGGUUGACCUGA